AUGCAACUGGUCUCCGUUGAGUAUCACCUCGCAGUGCACCAACGGAAGGUGGACCACUUUCCUUUCGUGCUCGAGUGCCGGGGCCCUGUGGACGUCUGGCCUGCACAUGAGCCGGAAGUCGGGCCAGAUGCCAACAGUCUGUCCUCCCGGCUACUGGAAUACCGGACAGACUGGCCUCCUAUUGGCCGGCUGGUGCCCCUCCAAACGGGACUCGAGUCAGCCGAGGUCGGUUGGGCUGGAUGCAAUGCAGUCAAGCAAUGGCCCGACUCGGUUCAGCCUCCAUCCACACACAAUCCAGCCCCCUCCCCGCCCGACGACGGGUGA